CGGGGGGCGGGGAUGUGGUCUGCUGGAAAAAUGUUUAAAAAAACAAAUCUUCUCCGAAGCCCCAGUCCUGUGUCGGUGAGCCAAUUCUGGCAAGGUGAAGGUUGGGCGGGGUGCGGGCGACGCGGCUAGCGCCGUUCGCCCACUCACCCGCAAGGCCACGGCGGUCCCCGCCGGUCCCCGCCGGGCGGGGCAAGAAGUAGGUGUGGCCGACGUGCCGAGGGGUCUCGGGAGGAUCUGGCGGUCACGCGGCGCUGGGCUGCGCGGGCCGCACAGGAGUGCGCCCCGGCGGGUGCCGGACCGAGUACACUGUGCUCCGCUCCCACUGCGCGCGAUGACGGGACGAGUGCGUACCGACACCUUUCACGUGGCGAGGAACUGUCUCAAAGUCAAACACUCCCAGGGAUUUGCGGCGUGUCUGCCAGUCGCCGGUCCGAGGGGGCGAACGCGAGCCCUAUCGCGGGCAGACUCGCUCCCGCUGGCGCUGUUGGCUCCCGAGUCGCCACUCGCAGAGCCUGGGACUCCCAGGCUCUGGCAGGUUUAGAACAGGGUCGAAGCCCCACCGAUCUGCCGCCUCCGGGAACUUGAGCACACCUCCAGUCUUGGGUCCCAAAGGCCUGCGCCCCUCUUUCUUCUGGUUGAAACCCCAUCUCCCUUGGUGCACGCGCGCACGUGGCUGAAAGAAGUAGGUGGUUGGCUUAUUAAUGAUACUGGUAGGAAAGAACCAGGCGCUGCCUUGAGUUCUAGCCCUGGCCGUGUCGGAGUGAAGUCUGAGGAAGAAGCAGCCAGGUAUGGCAGAAGGGACAUAGGGGUCAAAAAGUCUUGAGAGGGCUGGGGCUAACUGGGUUCGAUCUUUAGCACAGCAUAAAAACUAAACAAAUAAAGGCAUGCUGUCCAUCUACGACUAUCAAAAAAAAAAAAAAGAAAAAAAAGUCUUGAGAAAGGUCCAGGCCACUGAAGGUAUCUCAGGAUCACCAAGGUCCCAGUUCUGGAGGUUGGGGAGACAAACCCUUCACCCUGUUGGACUGCUCAGGGAGGUGUGAGAUUGGGCCAGAGGUGGGCACUGUGCUCCUGAGACCCAAAGCCCUGUCCAGCAGUUGCUCAGUAUUGGGGAUAGCAUGCCUCACCUCUGACUCCCAGUGGAAGCCUGAGGCCACACAGGGCUUGCAAUUGUCUACAAAUGUCACACUACAUGUGGAAUAUCUCCAGUUUUCCUUAAGACUCCCUGGUCAUCCUUACUCUGUUCAGAUAUUGGUGUUUCAUUGCCCAAGCAUGACCGGGGGUAGCUCUCCUCUUCAACUUUUGAUUCCUGACUUAAUUUUUAAAAAUCCAAUUUCAAAGUCCAGAACUAAGGGAAGCAGUAACCUAGGUAGGCAGAGGGCCAGCCUGACUCCUCCUUGGGAUCCAGGGUUCAGGUGUUUGAUGGGACUCAGCAGGAGUAGGCUGACACUACCCCCACCUCAGUUAAGGGAAGAAAAAUCUCAUGCUUUCCGCCAUCUUGGAUGAGGUGAAGUGGGGUGGGUGGUAAGGUCCUCACCUUACUCUCAUACUAUGUCCCAGCCCUGCCAUGACUUGCUCCAUGAAGGACACACACCAAACUCCCUUGAUUGUACCCACAGCUGGUGUGGAGACUUUCCCAAGCAGCUCCCCAAGGAGGACAGACGUUAAGAGGAGUCUUAUUGAUUUUCAUUUCAUCCUUCACAAAUUCUAUAUAUGUCUUAAGGUGUAGGAAUGUAUUCGUGCAGUAGUAUGUAAUUUAUAAGUUUAAAUUUUAUAUCUAAAUUAUAUAAGGUAGUUAUAUAAGAUAGAAUUUAUAAUCUGUAUCUUAAAUUCUGCCUUUUUCUGAGGAGGGUGUAUAAUCAGGAAAGUUCAGAGAAGGUUAUCUGGAGGGUGGGGCCGAGCCAGCCCUUUCCUCUCUGCUUUGCCUGGUCUUUCUAGCGUCAUUUAAAUAUUCUUCUCUUCUCCUGGUGCCUCCUCUGUGCUCCACUUCAUCUCCUGGAAGAUGCUGCUACUUUCUUGUCAGCAGUCUGGGCAGAGUCUUCUGAGGUCCUUCCUGAGCACCUGCGACUUCAGAUCCUCCGGCUCCUCUCUAAAGCUUUCCUGGUACCCGCAACUCCCAGAGUGCUCCGUAGCCAUAUUUCAUCGUGCCUAAGUCACUGUGUUGCAGCCAGCUGCUUAACUGGACAGCACAUCUGUCUAGACCAUCAGCCCCUGAGGGUGAGGCCCAGCAGGAGCCUCAGGACAGAGGGCAGCAGUUUGUGAGAACUGGCCAGGGCCACUGUGGUCCCUUGCCUGUGGCCUUCUUCUGCAGCCUCCGUCUGGGGGGAUGGGGCAGCUGAACCAUGUGCACCACUCUCUUCCUGCUCAGCACCUUGGCUAUGCUCUGGCGCCGCCGAUUUGCCAACCGGGUCCAACCAGACUCCAGCAGAGUGGAUGGGACUGUUAUGGGAAGCAGCAGGGACACAGACCUCCAGUCCUCGGGCAGAAGGAGCAUCUGAAAUAAUCCCUCCCCUCAUCAGUUGGGGCUCUGCUCCCGGAACUGGGAUCACCUGGCACAGGCAGCUCAAGUCCUGGUUCGGCCCCUAGCCAUGAAGGAUGCUUCGGGGUCAGAAGCAGCAGCAAGGGAGAGAUGGCAGAAGCAGUGAUGGAGAAGGCCUUUGACUCUUACUUUGAAGAAGCCUCAUGGAUGCAAGACGUCUGCAGCAAUACUCAGCAUCACAUCUUUACUAUGUCCCAAAGCCAGAAGAGAAGCUACCCUAUUUAAAAGCAAUAUUUUCCCAACUUGACCAGAAUUGCACUGCAAUUGAUGGAGGAAGAACAGCUUCCAGACAGCUCCUGAUAGUGCCCGUGUCCAGGUGUAGUUCCUAUGAAAUUACCAGUGCAACUGCUCCAAGUGUAAGCAGCCAUCUGUUUGGGAUUCCACCUAUCCUCCUUCAUGUUCUUAUUCAUAAAAUUAAAGAUUCCUUUCCUGAUUAAGAAGUCAA